GCUCUUCAGACAGGAGCCAUCCAACACGAACAAAACCUCCUCCUCAAUGAAGUUCCUAAUCGAAAACAAGUGAGAUUUCAACGGAAAGGCUCUGACAUUUGUGUUAGAAAAGUUAGACUCACAAACCUGCUGGAUAAUGAGGAUUUCACGGAGUUGGACAUUUCUUACGAUGCUAGUCUCCAUUUAUGGGGCUGGAUGUGCCAGAGAGAACAGUCAUGUGACCCCCGGGCAAAAGUCUACAAGCAAACAUCUGUGUGUUGACUCGGAUGUCCUCAGUUCUGCGUCCGAUAAUCUCCGUCCAUGCUCCGAGCCGGACGUCUGGGCCCCUGCGAAGCAAACCAGAAGUCGUCAUACCACGAAAAGUGUAAAAGCGAAGAAAAUGUUUGGCUGGGGAGAUUUCCAGUGCACUGUGAAGACGGCGAGUCUGAAUCUGCUCAUCAAAGGGAAGAUCGUGGAUCACGGGAACGGGACGUUCAGCGUUUACUUCCAAUACAACACGACAGGCGGAGGAAACGUCUCCGUUGGUCUGGUUCCUCCAACCAAAGAGGUGGAAUUCAAUGUAACCUCACGGCAAUCUGUUCUGCGCUCGGUGGAAUCCAGAAUGUUUAACUGCAAAGUGGAACGUGAGAGGAUGGAGAAAAGUCAGAGGAGCUCGCGAUGCUGGUUCGACCCAUCGCAGAGCUGCGAUCAGGACCAGACACACAGUCACGUGUCAUGGCUCUGUUCCAAACCGUUUAAAGUCAUCUGCGUCUAUGUUUACUUCUACAGCGUGGACUACAAACUGGUGCAGAAAGUCUGUCCGGACUACAACUACCACAGUGAAUCUCCGUACUUCCCAACUGGAUGAGCUUCAUCUCAUCAUGAAACAAAAAUGUAACUUGGCAUAGAACUGGAAUAGAGAAUGUUGUCUUCGUUUACCGGUCUUCAUGUCAUGAGAUCCACGUAUGUGUCUUACAUUGUGUUUCAAUUCAUGUCUGUGUUUUGUGAUGCAAUUUGUCUGCAACAAACCAGAACACGGAUUUGUAAACCACGAGUGCUACACAAAUGAACUUCAAGAAUGAGAGUGUAAGGAUAUCAUAAUUCAUUCAAGGAUAUCAUAAUUCAUAGAUUAUAUUAUUGUCAACUCUUGUGUUAUCUGUGUACUCUUGUAGCUGUCUCCAGUUGUAAUAAGGGUUUUUUGGGAGAACAAUUUAAGUAUUGUAUUGUGAUUUUAUGAUUUUCAAACUUUUUUUAAUUGUGAUGAUCAGUCUUUGUACUAUAUGCAGUUUGUUUCCAUGCACACUUCAGAAGAAUUCUCAUUUGUGGCAGGCGCUGGUGAAUACGUGUCGUUUCUCCUGACGGACAGAACAAAAAUUAAUAGGAUCCUGUAAUUGGUUUUGCGUUGUCUUGAUCAUGUGUCAGCGUUUUGUCAUAUUUUCUGGUAAAUUAAUGAAAAUGCCCAUUAAUAUGAAUGUAUUGAAGGAGAAGGAGACACACUGCUGUUAGGCAAUUACUUAUCGCAUAUAGAAAAUAAAUAU